AUGAAGUGGCACAUCCUCUUCUUUGCCGGCCUCGCCGUGGCCGCUCCGAUCGUUGACAAUGGUCCUGCUGCUCCUCCAGAGUCGUCCUCGAAGGCUGUGACCUCUUUACUUGGCUCACACUACUAUACAGCAUCGGCGAAGGCUCCGCCGGCCCCUGGCCCGACAUCCAAGGAACCGGCCCCGGCCCCUCCCGCAAAGUCUCCUGAGCCCUCCCCACCUGCAAAGUCUCCUGAGCCCGUGCCUACCAGCAAGUCGGCUCCGGCCCCGGCCCCUCCCGCGAAGUCGCCUGAGCCUGUGCCUACCAGCAAGUCGGCUCCGGCCCCGUCACCUCCCGCGAAGUCGCCUGAGCCUGUGCCUACCAGCAAGUCGGCUCCGGCCCCAUCCCCUCCUGCAAAGUCGCCUGAACCUGUGCCUACGAGCAAGCCGUCGCCGGCUCCGACCCCGUCCCCGCCUGCAAAGUCCCCCGAGCCUGUGCCCACCAGCAAGCCGUCGCCGGCUCCGGCUCCGUCCCCUCCUGCAAAAUCUUCUGAGCCUGUGCCGACCUCCAAGCCCGCGGCACCUCCUGCAGUGCCGACGCCCAAGGCUUCUCCUCGAGCUUUCCGUGCGUAG